AUGGAGAGCUCAGAGAGCAGGACGCAGGAGCCCAGCCCGAAGCCAGCUUUGUCGGGGGGCACACCAGAGUACGACUAUGUCUGCUUUGAGAAAUGCUCCCGUUUGGGGAUACCUGUGGAGGCAGGACACGAGGCUGGGGCCACAGGGGAUGGCCUGCGCUCCCCAGAGAACUCCCUCAGCUACCCACAGCUUUAUGGCCGAUACACAGACCAGGUAACAGAUAACAUUUCAGACAAGGAAGCAGCAAAACUGCUGAAGAAACAGGCCCAAAGGAACAAUGGAAAACCCCUGAAACGUGACAGUCAAGUACAGAUCAAAGAAGAGCACUAUUCCAAAUGUCAAGACUGUGCUAAACGCAUCCAGAAAUAUGUUACCAAGAAGCUUGGAGAGGACUGGAUUUUCUUGGUUCUGUUGGGUCUGGUCAUGGCGUUGGUGAGCUGGGGAGUGGAUUAUGCCAGUGCAAAGACCAUACAGGCCUACAAGUGGACAUACAGAGCUCUGCACCCGAACAUCCCUCUGCAGUACGUGGUGUGGGUUGCAUUCCCACUCGGCCUCAUUCUAUUUGCAGCCAGCUUCUGUCACUUCGUCUCUCCGCAGGCUGUUGGGUCUGGGAUCCCAGAGCUCAAGACCAUUAUGAGGGGAGUGGUCCUCAAGGAGUAUCUCACUCUCAAAGCUUUUGCGGCCAAAGUUGUGGCCCUCACAGCUGGACUUGGAAGUGGCAUGCCUGUGGGGAAAGAGGGUCCUUUUGUGCAUAUUGCCAGUAUCUGUGCUGUGGUACUCAGCAAGUUCAUGUCGAUCUUCUGUGGGGUGUAUGAGCAGCCCUAUUAUUACACGGAUGUCCUGACUGUGGGGUGCGCUGUGGGUGUUGGCUGCUGCUUUGGGACACCACUUGGAGGGGUUCUUUUCAGCAUCGAGGUCACCUCCACCUACUUUGCUGUGCGGAAUUAUUGGAGAGGCUUCUUUGCAGCUACCUUUAGUGCCUUUGUGUUCCGAGUCCUUGCUGUCUGGAACAAGGAUGCAGUUACCAUCACAGCCCUGUUCAGAACAAACUUCCGUAUGGAUUUCCCCUUUGAUCUGCAAGAGCUGCCAGCAUUUGCUGUAAUAGGCAUAUGUUCUGGAUUCCUUGGAGCCUUUUUUGUUUAUCUCAAUCGCCAAGUGGUCCUGGGCAUCCGACGUCAUAAAGCUCUGAGCCAAUUUCUCACCAAAUACCGACUGAUAUACCCUGCAGUUAUAACCUUCUGUAUAGCGUCUGUGACGUUUCCUCAUGGAUUUGGGCAGUUCAUGGCAGGAGAGUUGAUGCCACGGGAAGCCAUCAGCACUCUCUUUGAUAAUUACACCUGGAUCAAACACUCUGGGGACACCCAGAUCCUAGGGAAAUCUGCUGCCUGGAUCCAUCCUAAAGUCAGCGUCUUUGUAAUCAUCCUGCUCUUCUUCCUCGUGAAGUUCUGCAUGGCUGUUAUUGCCACCACGAUGCCAAUCCCCUGUGGAGGCUUCAUGCCUGUUUUUGUAUUAGGUGCUGCAUUUGGACGUCUCAUUGGGGAAAUCAUGGCAUCGCUUUUUCCCAAUGGCAUCCUCUUUGAUGACAUUCUUUAUCAAAUCUUACCUGGAGGGUAUGCUGUCAUUGGUGCAGCAGCUUUGACAGGAGCAGUGAGCCACACUGUCUCCACCGCCGUCAUCUGCUUCGAGCUGACAGGCCAGAUCUCUCACAUCCUGCCCAUGAUGGUGGCUGUCAUUCUUGCCAACAUGGUGGCCCAGAGUUUGCAACCCAGCCUCUACGACAGCAUCAUUCAGGUGAAGAAGUUGCCCUACCUGCCAGACCUGGGCUGGAAUCACAUAAGCAAAUACAAUAUUUUUGUUGAAGAUAUUAUGGUCCAAGAUGUGAAAUUUGUUUCCUCCAACUGUAAAUAUCGAGACUUGCAAGCGGUGCUCCAAAGCACCACAGUGAAAUCUUUGCCUUUGGUGGACUCACCAGAGACCAUGAUCCUCCUGGGGUCUGUGGAGCGGUCGGAGCUGCAGGCUCUCCUCCAGACACACAUCAGCCCAGAGAGGCGACGGCUCCUCAACAGAGAAAGGCAGCAGAAGCUGAAUGAGGCACCCUACGAUGGACCCUGGGCAAACCUGCCAAAGCUGAAGCAUGAAUCUUUUGCUUAUGUCGAUGAGGAUGAGGAUACAGAGGAGAAGGGAGAGCUGCCCAGGCCUCCAAGUCCCACUCCCAGUUACCCCGAGGAGCCAAAUGGCCCAACAAAUCCUCUUAAACAAAUGUCUGAAACCCUGGAGCCCCAACAACACUCAGGCAGUUUCAGGAGUCUGAGGCAACUGAUCCAGCAGCUCUUGUGCCAUUGCAGCCAUCCACAUGAAACAGAGAGCACCACCCAGGAGCCAGUGGAAGUCAUUGAGACAAUGACACCAGAAGAGAUAGAUGCUUGGGAACAGGAGGAGUUGAACAAGAACGUGUGCUUUGACAGCUGCCGCGUAGAUCCCUCCCCUUUCCAACUGGUGGAGAGAACUUCCCUGCACAAGACACACACAUUGUUCUCACUGCUGGGCCUCAGCCAUGCCUACGUAACCAGCAUGGGGAAGCUGAGGGGAGUGUUGGCUUUGGAAGAGCUCCAGAAAGCAAUAGAGGGUUCCACCCGUUCUGGGGUGCGUCUCCGACCACCCCUCGCCAGUUUCCGUGACAUCAGCCGGACUUCAACCAACACUAAGGUGGGGCAGGAUGCUCAGGCGUGGAGCCGGGAAGACACCGGCACGGAGGCAGCACAGCAAGCAGCUGAGAGCCUGGGCACUGAGAGCCCUCUGCCCCCCUGCUCCCACUCCGCCCAGCCCUCACACUCGCAGGAAGAGGGGGAAGUCCCCAGCUCUGCUUAUGCCACGGAUACUGAGCUGGAAGAGAUGGAGCUGACAGGGCCAGUUGCUGAAAACAUCUCAGACAUCCUCAAGGACAUAAACCUACGCACCACUGACCUGGAUGAAGAUGAAGAUGAGGAUGAAGAUGUUCCUUUAUAGCUGGUGUGAGGGUAGCAGUCCAUCGCACUCUUCUGUGAGCCAGUCUUCUUGUGUUUGCUCCUCCAAGAGAAGCUUUUGGAUGUUCUUUGCAAUCCCCACAGAGGAAUGAUUCAGCUGGGAGGAGGGACAUUAGACUGACCCUUUCUUCCGCUGCUUUCCCUCUGUGCAGACUGUUAGGCUGCUGGACUAUUCAGGCAUGUGCAGGUGUCAGAUGUGGACUGCAAGGUGCCUGAGUGCAGGCUUACAAUGCUCAGGCUUGUGCCAUGGCAGAGCACACUAUAACAGGACAUGGAUACUGCUGGACACAGUCAGGAUGCUCUGGGUCGAUCUGCCAUGUGGGAAGUAGAGGAGAAUCAGUUCUCACUCACCAUGGGUGUCGUCCUUCCAGUCACACCAGGCCUGCACACAGCAGAGUAACACAGCCAGACCCCCAGCCUGGAAGCACACUGCUGCUUCUGACUGCCACCCUGUCCAUGUUGCUGCAGCUCCUUUUCACUGGCUCUUAUCUUGCACCCCCACAAACAUUCCCAUGUAGAACAUUUUUACUCUUUCUCGAUUUUUACUCUGGGAUUUUCCUGGAUGGGGAUGCAGUUAGGAGCUUCUCCUCCAUCCUAUAGCUGAGCCAUGCCCUAGAAACAGAUGGGAGGAAAAUAUUUGGUAUAUGUCUCAUGCCUUGAAUUCGGCCAAGGCUUUAGAAAACAGUGGAAGGGAGAAAAGCUUCUUUGUUUUCCCAUCAUCUCUGGAAUUUUAAAAUAGAAUGGGAAAAUCUUAAUUGAGGGCAUCCUCAGUGCUGGGGGAGGAGGAGUAAAACAGCAUAUAUGUACCUAUAUUUCAAAUAACUGUGUUUGUCACUCUGAAUCACUGUUCACAUUUUUCCACAGCUAUAGUCUUAAAAUACAAGAACUCAAGCAAAAAAAAAAUUAUGGAGUGUUAGCAGGCUGCCAAGAAAUACAGCAGAGGGAAGACUCAUUUUUUACACUUUGAAAACAGGUUUCUUUCUGAAAACUCCUGUUCUCUUUCCUGGUAAUUCUACCCUGCCUACUUUCCACAUAUUUCUGCAUACCUCAGAUCUGAGAAUUCCAGCUCUCACUUUUGCCAGCUUGUCUCUGUUGUGACUAACAGCAGAGACCUCAACUCUUGUCUGCAGCAUCCCUCUCUAUUCCAUUUCUAAAUCUGGAGCAGAUCUGCAGUCUUGUCAGUUCAUGUCAUGCAUGCAAAACCUUGGCAUCCAAAGGUAAGAUGCUGCUUUAAUUCACCGCUCUUGUGAGAUUUCCUCAGUAAACAAGCAAAACCAAAUUCUGUGUAUUCUGCAGCUUCUUCUAACAGUCUACACCUCCUUCUACCAUAUUUUUAGUGUCUCAUAGCACUUAGAUGCAGUCCCAAUCAGCCUACUAGAUGUGUUUCCACUUAUCAGCAACAGGGAAGAAAUCAAGACUCUGAAAAUACGUUCUUGGGGGUGUUCUCAUUCCCCCUCCUGAUAUUAGUAAAGCUUUAUCGAACUUAGAGUGACCAGUUCUACUUUAACACAUGAUUUCCCAUAAGCUGUCUCAGGAGCAAGUCAAAAAUAUCAUUACCUCUAACCCAGUUGCCAAAGGAAAAUUCUCUCCUGGCUUUAAUUCCAAGGAUUGACCUUGCACCAAUUCCUCUCUGAUGAUGCUUAUGGGUGGGAUAGUCUGUGACAAGCUUACAGUAGAAGGAAAUCGUCUCCCCUAGUUUUUUUGAAGAGAGAGAAAUUAGUUUUUGUUGUCUGGAAUUCAGAGCCCACCAGGUCUGUUCUGUUUUUAGCACAAGAUCACUCUUUAUAAGGUAACUGAGGACAGCCUUUCCCUGCCUUAAUGAUCGUUUGUCCUCCGGGAGCCACCCUGUCCUUGUGAGGAGACAGUGGUGAUCAGAGGGCAAGUCUGCACACAGCAGCUGCUUGCCUCCUCCAGAGGGGCACGUUUGUGUCUGCCAAGCAUCAGCACAGCCCCCCCCACUACCUUUGUGUCACCUUCCGCUGCCUGCAGGGAUGAGGCAAAACAACUGAUUCUUUUUUUCUCAGGGAGUUGUGAUAGUCCCUUAUACAAGCAGAGGAGAAAGGGCACUCAAAAGCAUAAAUAUUCAGUGAGUGACAACACUGAGAGCAAAUCUGGUCUGAGGGUCCAAGCACACUCAAGAAGGAUGAGUUUCUCCAAGUCAUCCCCAGCCUUACUGUGCAGACUUAUAUUUUACAGCUUAACCACAUGCUUCCACUGAGAUAGAUGAGACAAGGAGAAACUACUCUGUACACCUCCCCCUCCUCUCGCCUGAAUACAGAUACAGACUCUGCUUCAGUCCCACACUUCUCCUACAGUGUGUUACAGAAGAACUGGGAUGUGACUGGCUGAGAAAGCAGAUGGGAGUCUAAGUUAAAGCCAGUGAGUGUGUGAGUCAUGACAGAUUGCGAGCUGGAAGAAAAAUUAUGCACAUGGAGAGGCUUGGGGAGCUCAGAGUGAAACCCUGGCUAACCUGGAAAGCUUCUUGAGGCUCAUCACUUGGGAUUGCAGGAGAACACCUAUGUGCCCACAUAUGCACACACAGGUACCUCUCCAUUCCUGUUGCCUUUAGCUGUUCCUGGGUUACUGUGAGGAGCGGGAUUACUCUCUGGGGAGCAGGGGCUGAAAGGUGGGUGUAACUGCUGCUCUUUGUAGACACUACUCAAGAUCCAUUCCAGGUAUUGCCUCCAUCCAAGGAGCAGAAGCAGCAUUCAUCUGCACCAUUUUCCUCACCUUGACUCAUACAUGAAAAUGCAUAAGGAACCAGGAUGGGACAAAAAACACUCUGCAAAGAUGGCUUGCAAAGGCUGAAGUUGUUUCCGCUUCCAUCUUAUCAGUAAAAUUUUCACUGAGCUGAUGCCAAGUACAUUAAUAGGUGCAAAAUGUGCAGUAAAAUAAUACUAAGCCGACCUUUGUCAAGGGAACUUUAAACUUGUGCCCUCUCACACUAUCCCAGUACACCCCCUCAAAGUUUAAACUUGAAACCUUUGUCCAGCAAAGUCACACUGAUCUUUCACUCUAAAACCUGCAUCUCCCAUCCUAUCCAAAUAGCACAGACUUGAUUAGCUACAAAGAGAAAUAAUUUUUUCUCCACCUAAAAUAUCCCCAGAAUUUGUAUCAGCAGUGAGGCCUUCACAUCCAGACAAAAAUUCACAUCUAGCAAAAAAACUGAACUCUUCCUUUCACAUGGCACUCAAGAAUGAAAGCAGAGUCUUGUUUUUAAAUGCAUCAGUAUAAAGAAUUGAAAAAACAGGGAAGACUUAAGGUUGGUAUGACAACAAGUGGGGCUUUAGGUAACCACGACAAGGCUAAGAGACUUGGCCAUGAGCCAAAUAAAGGAGAAAACAUGUGGAGAUGAACUACUGAACAACAAGAAAGAUUUGCCUCAACAAAGCAACAUUUUUGGUUGCCAAAUUAUUCGAGACUAAAAAAAAUCUUGUUUCCUAAGCCUAUGGACAAAAACAAUUAGUACACGCAGAAACAGAGAGACAAAGUCCAAAUAAUUACAUCUUCCUUCUGCCCAAUUAUGCAAAUACUGUAUAGAAGUGUUGUUUUGUGGCCAAAGAGUACAAGACCAGCAAUAACCAGUUGAGCAAGUGAAGAUCCCUCUUUGCCAAAUUAGUCCAAACCCAGGAAAGGUGUAAUUAAAAACACACUAUUAAAAAUACAGCUACAGCAAGCACUAAGUUGUUCAUGGCCACAUAAGCAGAUAUCCAGGCACAGCUCUCAUAAAAAUUUAAUCAACACUAGAGACUAAUAAUUAAAAUUUACAUAUAAAAGCCAUGCCUGAGCGUUAGGGUUAGGGUCUUAGGACAUGAUGCAAAACUUUUUAAUGCUGUGUCUGUGGGAGACAAGCUUAAACUGGUCCUGACAGUGAGCCACAGGCUGUUCUUGUGUGUCCCCCUUGCCACUGGACAGACAACCCUGUGCACGUGCACUCAGGCACACACAUAAAUAUCACCCCUGUCAUAUAACAGCUGUGCAGUAGCAGAAAACUCUCCAACUCAGUUUCCUGUGCCUUAAGCUCCUUGCUGGAUGUCACCAAGUCCCAGUGCAGCCUCAUUGUAAGACAAACAAGACACUGCUGUGGACACUGCUGGGAUCAGUGUGAUGGCUAAAGAAGGUAGAGUCUCACCCAAACCUAUUACUAGUUCAAGCACUGGACUUUCAAAUUUGGUCCCAUCCCAGCUUUUUUUAGUGUGUUUGUUUUAGUGUGUUUGUGUGUUUAGUAUUUACUGCUAGUGCAAACACCUUGUGCUGUGUAGUAAAACCAGGUGUAGAAACAUGUCUAGCCAACUUGAAGAAUUGCACCUGAUAUGGAAGACAAUGUUCAGCUGAGGAAAGUCCAGUAGCAAAUUCAUAAAGGAAACAGAAUGCAGAAAAUGAAAAUGUGAAUUGUCUGCUUUAGAUGAACAACAAUCUAAAUACUGCUAGUACCUGACUGUUUACUCAAUGGCAACUCAGUUUGAAGAACAGAAGGUAAAGCUACAAGGCAUACUGAGACAUACGCAGAAUUAAAGUCACAUAAACUCAAGUUAGAAGCUUUUCAGUUUUUUCCAUGCAGAAACAAAUGCAAAAGACAGUAAUGGAAGGUUUAUGAGAAAUACAUUUGAAAGAAAAAAAAAAAUCUGCUUUUCUCUCCCCCCUCAAACUACUAUAGUGCACUUAAGCAAACAGGCUGUAAAAAGAAAUGGGAGCUGAGAUGGCUGGAUUGUGACCAAACAUGUCACAGAAUCCUAUGCUUAACUCAAAUUUGCAAUUUCUCUGGCACAGAAGAUAGGAUCUGUCUGAGGAACCAUGUAGGAAGUACCCUUGCAGCUGGCAAAGUGCAGAUACAGUGAGGUGUACAGCAAGAAUACUCCUAUGCCUUUUUUAGUUACCCUUUUAAUUAAUCGCUUAGAAGUAACAUAUGAGGUAUUGUAAAACAGCAACAUGAGGGAAACAUAUGGCAGGUUUGCCAUCUAGCCUGAACAGAGAAAUAAGCAGAAAGUGGAGAUGAGAGCCUCAGGCAGACACCAUAGAAUGAAGUUCAUGCUGGGGCUAAGCAGCUAAAUCCAAGAUGAACUUAACUGAGGGGUAAGUCUAACCUAGCAUGAUGACAAAAAGGUUCUUUUAGAUGAAGCACUGCAGCCGCUGGACACCAUCUUUGCAGCAUAAUGUGAAAUUAAGAAAAAAAGACAUUUUUCCUAUGCAGAAGUAUGAUUUCCAGGACCAGAGACAUUUUGUUUUCCCAGGGACUCAAGUCUUAAACAUACAUGGAAUAAUUGAUUUCAUUUGACAUACUACAUUUCAAAAAGAAAGUAGUUUAAAGGCCAUUUGGGGGAAAAAAAACCAAAACAACACAACA